GUUUUCACGUGAAUGAGUCCAGAAGGAAAGACCUGCUGACCGUCGACCCUCUCGGAUCUUUACUGGUGGCGAUCAACAUCGACGUGUAUAACGCUUUCAGUUUAUUGGCAAUUUGGACGCAGCUCGUGAGGAUGACAGAGCUAAGCACUGACCGCAGGUUUCACAGCCUCACCCCGGAGCAGGUGGAAACCUUAGACCAGGUCCUGACUGAGGUCAUCCCCAUCCACGGGCGGGGCAACUUCCCUACGCUGGAGGUGAAGCCGAAGGAUAUCAUUCACAUGGUGAGGGACAAGCUGAUGGAGAAGGAGAUAAAGGUCAGGGACGUCCGCCUCAAUGGUUCCACCGCCAGCCAUGUGCUGGUCAAGGAGAAUGGCACUAGUUACAAGGACCUGGACAUCAUCUUUGGAGUGGAGCUGCCCAAGCAGGAAGACUUCCAGAUCAUCAAGGAGGUGGUGCUGCGCUGCCUCCUGGACUUCCUGCCCAGUGGUGUCAACAAGGACAAGAUCACCGCCCUGACCAUGAAGGAGGCUUAUGUGCAGAAGAUGGUCAAAGUCUUCACAGAGCAUGACCGCUGGAGCCUGAUUUCACUGUCUAACAACAGUGGCAAGAAUGUGGAGCUGAAGUUUGUCAACUCCUUGCGCCGGCAGUUUGAGUUCAGUGUGGACUCUUUCCAGAUCAUACUGGAUCGUAUGCUUGAAUCCUAUCUGGAGGCUGAGAGGAAGCAAGGGCUUUGGAAAAAGAAUCCAGAGGUGGUGGCAGAGAGCAUGUAUGGGGACUUUGAGCAGGCCAUGGACCACCUACGCUACCGGCUGAUCGCCACGCGCAACCCCGAGGAGAUCAGGGGCGGGGGGCUGCUCAAGUACAGCAACCUGCUGGUGCGGGAGUUCAAGCCGGCCAGCGAGACGGAGAUCAAGACCCUGGAGCGCUACAUGUGCUCGCGCUUCUUCAUCGACUUCCCCGACGUCAACGAGCAGCAGCGCAAGAUCGAGUCCUACCUGCGCAACCACUUCAUCGGCGAGGAGAAGAGCAAGUACGACUACCUGAUGACCCUGCGGAGGGUGGUCAACGAGAGCACAGUGUGCCUGAUGGGCCACGAGCGCCGGCAGACCCUCAACAUGAUCACCGUCCUGGCCCUCAAGGUGCUGGGUGAGCAGAACAUCAUCCCCAACACCACCAACGUCACCUGCUACUACCAGCCCGCGCCCUACAUGGCCGACCACAGCUUCAGCAACUACUACAUCGCCCAUGGCCAGCCACCCCUCUUCUACCAGCCCUACCCCCUGCACAUACACAUGCAGACUGGCCUGGUGUAGUAUAAGGCAAGAGGGCGAGAGCAGGAGACCGCCAACAGGAAUAAGAAUGCCAUUCUGCAACAAAA